CAGAACUAUACCCAAACUCUCAGAGCUCCAUCUCUCUCUCUAUCUCUUAAUUUCUUUUCAAUCAUCGCCACCUUGUUCCAAUCUCUAUAAUCCUCUGAGAAUAGAUAUACAAAAGCUGCUGUGUAUAUAACAAGAUUUUAAUUUUUGUUUUCUGGAUUCUUUUGUGUGUGUAUAGUGUGAAUUGAUCGAUUGAUUGAUCAGUGUUGAAGUUGAAAUUGUGGAAUUCUUUCUGGAAAGUAAAUUGUUUGGUUGGUGAUGGAGAUGGGAGUAGAGUCGCCGGAGAUGGUGGUGGUGGCUGGAGGAGUAGCGAUGGAGAUUCCGGUGUCCGAUGAUGGAACGACGUCGCUUUCGCCGCCGACUAUUCCGCCUUGGCUUCGCCAGAAGCUGUCGGAGGCCAAAACUUCUCCGCCUACUGUUGAAGAAAUCGAAGCCAAACUUCGCGGAGCCGAUCUUCGUCGACAGAAAUUCUAUGAGUAUCUGUCAAGUAAAGCCAGGCCGAAGCCACGAAGCCCCACACAAUCUAUGGCUGGAGAAGAAGACCUUGGGCAACGCCUUGAGGCUAAACUUCAAGCUGCCCAGGAGAAAAGGAUGAGCAUUAUUGCUAAAGCCCAGAAGCGGCUGGCUAAGCUUGAUGAGUUGCGGCAAGCAGCUAAAACUGGAGCAGAAAUGCGAUUCAGAAAAGAGCGAGCUGAGUUAGGUAACAAAGUGGAAUUGCGGGUUCAGCAGGCUGAGGCUAAUAGGUUGCUUAUACUUAAGGCUUAUAACCAAAGGAGGGCCUCUCUGAGGGAGAGGACAUCUCAAUCAUUAUUACAAAGAAUGGCUCGAGAAAGUAAGUACAAGGAGCGUGUAGGCGCAGCCAUUUGCCAGAAGCGUGCUGCAGCAGAAAAGAAGCGAAUGGGAUUGCUGGAAGCGGAGAAGAGGAAGGCUUGUGAUAGGGUCAUGCAAGUCCAAAGAGUGGCAAAGUCUGUUUCUCACCAGCGAGAGAUCAAGACGAGGGAAAUGAAAAACAAGUUAGAAGACAGACUACAGAGGGCAAAGAGACAGAGGGCAGCAUAUUUGAUGCAGAGAGGAAGACAGCAUAUUAACAGCAAUUACAAUAAAAUGCAUGAGCAAGCUGAUCACCUCUCCAUAAAAUUAGCAAGGUACUGGAGGCAAUUCCGUAAGCAGAGUAAAACCACCUCACAUCUUGCUAAUGCUUAUAACAUAUUAAAUAUCAAUGAAAGCUCAGUGAAGAUGAUGCCAUUUGAGCAGCUUGCACUUCUCAUUGAAUCUAGUUAUACUCUUCGGACUACAAAGGCCUUGCUUGAUCGACUUGAAUUCCGUUACAAGUUGUCACGUGAGUUUAGCAGUGCUUCUAAUGCCUCUAGUUGGGAUGAUAUCGAUCACCUUCUCAAGCGUGUUGCUUCCCCUAAAAGAAUGGCUAGACCAAGGAGAUCUAUCUCCAAUGGGGAUGCAAAGAAAGCAGGUUCUUGCAAAGCUGCUGUAAGAUCCCCUGUUAAGUUGUCACGGUACCAGGUUCGAGUGGUGCUCUGUGCUUAUAUGAUACUAGGUCAUCCCGAUGCAGUGCUCAGUGGUCAAGGCGAACGUGAGGUUGCUCUAGCAACAUCUGCAGAGAAAUUUGUCCAAGAGUUUGAACUGUUGAUUAGAAUAAUAUUAAAUGGGCCAACACUGACUUCAGAUAAUUCAACAGUAGAACGUAAAACUUUCAGGUCACAGCUUGCAGCUUAUGAUUCAGCAUGGUGCUCUUAUUUGAAUAGUUUUGUGGUGUGGAAGGUUAAAGAUGCUCAAUCGUUGGAGAAAGAUUUGGUGAGAGCUGCAUGCCAGCUUGAAAUCUCUAUGAUUCAGACAUGCAAGAUGACACCUAAAGGUGAUAGUGGUCCUCUUACUCAUGAUAUGAAGGCUGUCCAGAGACAGGUUACUGAAGACCAGAGACUUUUAAGGGAGAAAGUGCAUCAUCUAAGUGGAGAUGCUGGUAUCGAGCGCAUGGAAAAUGCACUUUCUGAUACACGUGAGAAGUAUUUCCAGUCUAGAGAAAAUGUAUGCCCUGCUUCUCAGAGUUCCUCAUCUUCUGUUGGUCAAACAGUUGAAAAAAAUGACAGUCUCAGGCCUAGCCGUGUGGUGAGGUCCUUGUUUAGGGAUGGGUCUGAUCCAAAGGAAUCUAGUGUUUCUGCUCCUAGCACUAAUAACCCACAAUAUGCUGCUGAGGGAUUGGACUUGGAGAAUGAGUUGAUUGUGAAUGAAUGUGUGCAUGGACAGAAUCUUGAUUUUGCUGAUAGUAGAAAUGAGCUUGAAGCUGGUAUCAAGGCAAAAGUAAGAGAGACAAUGGAGAAGGCAUUUUGGGACAAUAUCAUGGAAUCCAUGAAGGACAAGCCUAACUACAGCUGCAUUGUUGACCUAAUGAAAGAGGCGAGAGAUGAACUUUGCAAUGUGGCUCCUCAGAGUUGGAGACAUGAUAUUACUGAAGCUAUUGAUCUGGACAUUCUCUUUCAGGUGCUAAGCUCGGGUAAGCUAGACAUAGCUUAUCUUGGAAAGAUCAUGGAGUUCACGCUGGGCACUUUGCAGAAACUGGUCUCUCCUCUCAAGGAGCAUGAGCUAAAGACAAGUCACCAGAAGUUAUUGACAGAGCUGUCUGAGAUUUGCCAGGCCAAUGAUGGGUCAGAGAAUCCAGUUAUCUUCGCAUUAAUUAGGGGUUUGCGCUUCGUGUUAGAAAAGAUCCAGGAACUCAAGCAAGAGGUUAGCAAAGCACGCAUUAGAAUGUUGGAACCUGUUUUGAAGGGGCUGGCUGCUUUUGAUUAUCUGGGGAAAGCUUUUAUCAAGCGUUAUGGGCCUCCCUCUGAUGCUAUUACUGCUUUACCGUUGACAAUGCAGUGGCUUUUGCCUGUUAGGGGUAACAUGGAUCAAGAAUGGAAUGAACACAAAAAUGCGCUCUCUGAAUUAAGACGGCAAGGUACUUCUUCUCAAACCUUCAUUCCAAACACCACACUUCGAACUGGAGGAAGCUUUGCCGUCAAAAUGAUGGGAAACCCAACAUUACCUUCUCCAUCUACUCCAAUGGAUUUAAUAGAAUGCAAUGGAAAUAAAGUUGAUUUAUGUGUGAGGCUUGGCUUGCUAAAAUUGGUCAAUGGGAUGACCGGUCUGACGCAAGAAACGUUGCCAGAAACUCUGAAGCUCAAUCUCCUUAGGCUAAGGGGUGUCCAAGCAAACAUUCAAAAGAUAAUUGUAAUUGCUACCAGCAUUCUAGUCCUACGCCAGACGCUUCUUAGUCUAAAAAUGGUAGGCAGUCCAGCAGACACGGAAAGGGUGACCCAAACCAGCGUCAAGCGCCUCUCUGAACUGCUGGACUCUGCCAAAGAUGCCGGUAUUCAAGACAUCAUCUCGACCCUGUCCAAAGUGCUGGAGCAGGACAACUGCGUGGACACGACAAAGCUUCACUCUAUGAAGAAUAUUUCAAUCAGGAUGCUAUCUAAGAGCCUGCAAUCCGAGGACCCCGUCUUCCUUCGAGUCUCCCGCGCCAUAUAUAUGGCUGGACGAGGAGUUGUACUCGGAGGCCCCGGGGAACAGGGAAAGCAAUUGGCAGAAAAUGCACUGCGUCAGGUAGGAGCCGCGGCUCUAGUCAACGAAAUCAUGGAAGUAGCUACUGUAUUACUGGUUGCAGCUUCUGUGACAGUCAAUGUUCACGGUCCUUGGUACGCACGUCUCAUAGGAGAUAUGUGAAGUGAAGAAAAAUUAGCAUUCAUUUGUACAUAUGAUAGGGUUGGGUCUUCUAGAAUAAUUGGCAUUGUAUUUAUUGUGCAUAAAUAAUGAAAACAGUACUGCGUAAUAGCUUGCUAGUAUGUAUUUGUAUGGUGGUGAAGUGUUCCAAAAUGUACAAACCUUCUGUAAUUAAUUUGCUUUAUACAUCUGUAA